AUGGACUUCGAUUCAAUUAACCCCUUGGUUCCGAUCCCUGGCCUCGGCGAAUCUCAGACAAGCUACAGCUACGAGUCAUUGAACAUGGAAAUACCCAUAAUAGGGCCGACAGGCCAAACCGUCGCUAUUAACCAGCUUGUUACAAAUGAACAUUCCACUGAGUCAGAGCAGCUAUUAACGUCUGAUAUGGAAGAAAACGAACGGCCCAAGAAGCGCUUGCGCAGUUCAGGAAACCCUACUUCCCGAAACCCACACAUCCCCGCCCUCAAGAGCUCAGAUCAGCCUGUGACGUCUUAUACCAAUCAAAACCCCACUUCGAAUGGCCUUAAUGGCAAUGAAAUACCUAUGGGAUAUCCAUAUAUCAGUGGGAGCAGCAAUACACCCGUUGACACGACCUCAACUCUUUCAUCCUCAUUCGACCCUAGAAAAUCCACCACUCCUCUCACCACCCCAGAGCAAAAUGCAUCUACCCCACCUUGCGUUGCCGGAGCGAGUGUGCUGGAUAGUGGAAAGGUAGAUUUAGCCAAGUGCCGGCCGCGGUCGUCAAUUCCUGUUCAUUUGACACCGGAAGUCUAUGGCCAGCAGUGCGUAGCAUCUGCCUAUGCCUGUCGACUGGAUCCAUACUCUCUUCACCCAAAAGAACAAGAAGCGCUUCAGGAUCAUCUUUGCCACAUGCAUGUUACUCUGUAUCUCAAUAUUCGAAAUGGUAUUCUGCGGCUCUGGACCCGGAACGCCAUGGUCAGUGUAACCAGAGAAGAAGCCCUGGGUGUUGCGAAAGACUAUCGCUGGAUGAAUCUUGCUUCCUUCGCACAUGAUUGGCUGGCACGGAAUGGCUACAUUAACUUCGGCUGCGUCGAGGUACCCUUGCCCAUUGUGCCUCCAAGAAGGGGAAGACGGAAGGACGGCCCAGUCAUUGUCAUUGUGGGAGCCGGUGUUGGCGGGUUAGGCUGUGCACGUCAGCUGGAAGGACUGUUUCGCCAUUAUCGGGAUGCAGAAACAGCCCCUCGUGUAAUAGUUUUGGAAGGACGUCGCAGAAUUGGUGGAAGAAUCUAUUCGCACCCCCUUCGCAGUAUGGAGUCAGAAUCGUUACCUCCGGGGCUCGUUCCCAAGGCAGAGAUGGGAGCCCAGAUCAUCGUGGGCUUUGAAAAUGGCAAUCCUCUCGAUCAGAUCGUUCGAAGUCAAUUAGCGCUGCAUUACCAUCUCUUGCACGACUCCUCUACUAUCUACGAUACCGAUGGCUUUCCUGUAAAUUUUGUGCAGGAUUCAAUGAAUGAUCAGCUUCACGUUAAUUUGCUGGAGCGAACUGGGAAGUAUCGUCACGAAGUGCUCAUCCCUACUACAGCUCAAGGUGAUGCCGACAUGAUUGACGCUGGUCGUGAAUCUACCAGUGAUGACGGCCUUACUGUUCGAGAGUAUGAAGACGCUCGUCGUGCCGGGACUACUCAUCUUCUCCUUCCCACCAAGCGAACUCGACGUCAUAGAGGUGCAGGGCACAGAACUGUAGAGAUCGAACCCAUUGAUAACGUGGUAGCAGACUCUAUGGGAACAGAAGACCCUGCGGCUUCAUUCUGCCUGGCUAUAGGGUGGAAAUUAAACCCUGGAUAUUCUGCACAUGAUACAAUUGAGCUGGAUGAGGUUGCGCGCGCAACUCCUACACAAACUCUAGGUGCCGUGAUGGACGAAGGUGUCAAGCAAUACCAGGACAUGCUUCCUAUGACGCCCAAAGAUAUGCGACUUCAGAAUUGGCAUAUUGCCAACAUGGAAUAUUCCAAUGCCACAAAUUUUAAAAAUCUCAGUCUCUCCUCGUGGGAUCAAGAUACAGGCAAUGAAUUUGAAGGAGAGCACUCGCAGGUGAUAGGCGGUUAUCAACAAUUGCCAUUCGGCCUGUACUCUUUACCUACAAAGCUUGACGUUCGCACCAAAAAAAUCGUCCAGAGUAUCUCCUACGACUCAACUGGCUCCGGCAGCCAUAAAUCGGUCAUCAAAUGCGAAGACGGCGAGAAAUUUAUUGCUGAUCAUGUUGUUUUUACGGGCUCUUUGGGUGUUCUCAAACAUAACACAAUUCAGUUCAAUCCUCCUCUGCCCGACUGGAAGUUGGGUGCUAUCGAGAGAUUAGGGUUUGGACUUAUGAAUAAGGUGAUCCUCGUAUUCCCUGAACCGUUCUGGGACGAGACCCGAGAUAUGUUUGGUCUCCUGCGCGAGCCAACUGUCUACAACAGUAUGGAUCCUGAUGACUAUGUUAAGAAUCGCGGGCGAUGCUACAUCUUCUGGAACUGCAUGCAAACCGCCGGGCUGCCCGUCAUCACUGGUAUCAUGGCCGGAGAUGCCGCUUAUGAAACUGAGAUCACAUCAGACGCCGAUAUCAUCUCAGAAGUCAUUUCUCAGCUGCGAAAUGUGUUCAAGCACACCAGAAUACCGGAUCCAGUCGAGACCAUCAUAACACGCUGGGCUUCUGACAAAUUCACCCGGGGCAGCUACUCCUACGUGGCAACCGAGGCUCAUGCCGAGGACUACGAUCUGAUGGCACGACCCGUCGGUUCACUCCACUUUGCUGGUGAGGCCACUUCCCGCAAUCACCCAGCAACCGUCCAUGGCGCAUACCUUUCCGGUAUUCGAGCCGCCGCGGAAGUGAUCGAGUCCGUUGUGGGACCGAUCGAGAUACCCACUCCUCUGGUGCCUGACAAGCCAGUCAACAGCACUGUGCCGACAGCCACACCCAAUGGCGCCCAGCACUCUGAGCCUGCCCCAGCUCAGCAGCAAUUUCCCACUCCUUCUAAUCACGUAGCCAACGAAAAACAACGUCGCGAGACCUACGAACAAGCCAUGUGGACUGCCAUCUAUGCCAAAAUCGGGUCGGCUCCCGUGCGCCCACCAAAGGUGGCGUUGAACCCUUUCCUCCUGUACCAGAAGGACUUCUGGUACAAAUGCCGCGACCAGUGCGUCGAGGCUCGGCGUGCUGGCUCUACUAAGCCAAAUGCUAAGGCCGGUCGCGACGAGAUUCGCCACGCACUGGGUCAAAUGUGGCGUAAUGCCUCGGCGGAGGAAAAGGCGCCGUACCUCGACCAGGUCGAGACGAGCCGUGCUCUGAAAGAAAGCGCUUGGAGUGAGUGGAAGGUUGCUGCAGAGGAGUGGGAUCGACGGUCUCUGCAGGUGAAAGCCGAGUGGUGUACCCAGUAUCCGUACGAGGAGUGGGUGACGCCGGGAUCGGCAGAGUAG